UCACUUUUCAGUUCUCGUUGAUCGCAGCCACACGUUGAAUUGUGUACCUCUCAAGAAAAGUAGUAAGUUUAUCAGAGUGUAAUAUGUCUUGCAUUCCAAAUUAUUUUGGAUUACAUCUUUUGUGUUUGCUUUUUAUUUCUAUUUGAAAUUGGUAACUUACAAUUAUUUCAAAAAGAAUGAUGUACCAGAAGAGGAUUCUAUAAUACCUUUUGGAAGUUUAUUGCCUAUUUUUGUUGGACAAAAAUGCAUUGGUAACUUAAUCAAAGAGAGUUACGAACGUCACAAACUACAACCUUACCAUGGAAUGUACAUGCUUUAUGUGCCACAUUUAAUAAUUAACGAUCCUGAAUUAAUUCGUCUUAUCAUGGUGAAAGAUUUCAAUUAUUUUCAAGAUCGUGGCUUAUAUUUUAACAAAGAGCUCGAUCCAUUAUCAGCUCAUUUAUUCCUUCUUCCUGGAGAGGAAUGGAAACAUCUCAGAUCGAAACUUUCGCCAACAUUUACCUCGGGUAAAAUAAAACAAUUUUUUCCAUUAAUGGAAAAAAUAGGUGAGAAUCUUUCGAAAGAAUUGAAUAAUCGCAUUCAAAAAUCAAACACAGUGGAAAUUAAGGACCUAAUGGGCAGAUUCACAACUGACGUUAUUGCUUCAAUUGCAUUUGGGUUUGAGUGUAACAGUUUACAAAAUCCAGAUACAGAGUUCCGAUUAUAUGGGAAGAAGUCUUUUGAUAUAAAUCCAUUUAUAAUAUCAUCUGCGAUGUUUUGCUCAAAAGUUCUCGAUAUUCUUAAAGUGCCUUUUAUUCCUAAAGACGUUGCAUACUUUUUUAAUACAGUCUUCACAGAUGUAAUUAAUCAAAGACGCAAUAAUCAUUUGGUCAGAAAAGAUUUUCUCAAUUUAUUAAUUCAGCUUAUGGUGCAUGGAGAAGUGGAGGAGGAUGAAGAAAGUAAAAAUCCACAAAAGAAACAACAGUCUGAAAAAAAUACUGAUACAAUUAGCAUGUCAACAGCAUGUGCACAAAGUUUCGUAUUUUUUGCUGCGGGAUUUGAAACUUCGUCAUCAACAACAACUUACUGUUUACAUGAAUUAGCUCAAAAUUUAGAAAUUCAAGAAAAGUUACGUAAAGAAAUUAAUAAUACACUAAGAAGCCGUACUACAUUAACUUAUGAAGAUGUUCAGGCAAUGAGUUACCUCGAUAAAGUUGUAUCAGAAACAUUACGAAAGCAUCCUAUUGUUCCAAUUUUGAACAGAGUCUGCCUAAAAGAUUAUCAAAUUCCCAAUUCUAGUUUCUGCAUUAGAAAAGGAAUGAAAAUAAUUAUCCCUAUAUUGGGUUUACAAAACGAUUCAAAUUUUUAUCCAAACCCAGAAGAAUUCAAACCAGAGCGAUUUGAUUCUGAUCAAGUUGCCAAAAGACAUGCUUUUACUUACCUACCAUUUGGAGAAGGGCCAAGGAUUUGCAUCGGUAAGCGAUUUGGUCUUCUGCAAGUUAAAGUUGCUUUAAUUAAGAUAUUAAAAGAUUUUAAAAUCACCAUUUGUGAAAAAACCGAAAUCCCCUUGAAGCCAACGAAGCGUGAUUUUCUAAUUAUGCCAGAAAAUGAUGUUUUUUUAGGAGUUGAGAAAUUAAUAUAGUAAUUUUUAUUGAAAUGAUAUUUAUAAUUUAAAUGCAUCUGUAUUAUAAUUACACUGAUAGAAAAGAUGGGUUGAGGUUACCAUUUUU